AUUGUAAUUUUACCCCAGACGGAAUUUAUGGCGGCGCUGUAAAGUGUCGCAUAGCGUCGCAAGGUAGCGCCUUGGUGGCAGUAGAAAAAAAUGGUGAUUAUUUGGGUGUAGUCGGGCGAAUUUCUGCUAAAUAAACGUCCCCAUACGCAGGAUAACUCAAUGGGAAUGAUAACAUUUAGUCGGAUAGUACGAGCAAUAGUGUGCCUACUGUCGUUCACGCAUCUCCGCAUGACAAGUAACCGCGGCCUUUACUGGACUAUUUGUCAGUCGGAAAAGUCGCAAUUGUCAUUAAAAUUUCAUCGAUAGCCGGCGUUGUUAUUUAAUUCCGUAUGGCACAGCAACAAGAUGCAAGACAGUCUGUAAAAUACGCCUAGAUGCGAUAUUUUUGGGAUAGAUGUCACAUUGUCGUUACAUACCUACGUCUUGCCGCGUUCUCUCCUCUUCCUUGAUCACUUUGUGUGUGAGAUCAGAAUGUUCAUGAAGAAAAUAUAAUGAGGAUCAAAAGGAACUAUCAAAAGUUGCAAGCAGAGAUUCAAUCGUACUCCAGCUUUUAGACUACUGAUACAACGCCUAUCUAGAUUUUUAAAGGAAAACUAAAAUCAUAGGAGUGUAAGGAGAGAGAGAAAGAAAGAGUACACACAAAGAAGAGGAAGUAGUGUAAACUGAAAGAAGGGACAAAAAUUAGUUCAAAGGUUUGAUCGUGACAUCCUAAGUACAGCCAAAGGAUAAGAGAAAGCAUAGACUUGAAGCAACAAUUGAAUAAGAUUAUGUUUCUAAGAGGAUUUCAUCGGUGUCAUUUGAUUCUUAAAAUAGAAAUUUUAUUAAAAUUCUGAAAGAGAAUUCUUUGGCUGGGUGAUAUACAGAGCUAGUGCUCCACCUCAUAUGGAUUGUUUGAUGGUAACAAUUGUCUGGCGAAAGGAACGUAGUAGCCUCUCGUCGAGCUUGGCAGAAGGUAGUUCCCUGUUGAAUUAAAUUCUCAUCGGAGUCAUCGCCAGGAUAUCCGUGGUGACGAAUAGAUCGUUACCUGGGUUGAAUUCUUGUGAAUUUUGUUCGGGACAAAAUUGCACGGAGGUCAUUGACGGGGCUCAGGUUUUAGGGAAAGGUAGCGUGCAAUGCCGAGAUGCUGCAAUGAGAGCAAAGCAGCGAGUCCGGUGAACAGCAACAGCGACAGGAACAACUCCGAGGACAUAACACUCUCGCAGACCCACGCCUUCUCCAUUGGCAGUCAGUCCGAGCCAGACGAGGAUCCACUAGUGCCCGAGCGCUCCCAUAGAAGAUUACGUUGUGACCUGAGCCCCGUCCCUACGAGUACAACAACAGGAUUGAGCCUCAAGCUACUCAGCAUUAAGGGUGAUCGUGCUAGCAGGCAGCAGCAGUUGAGCUCAGGAAUAGGCAGUGGGCACAGAGACAGAGAAAGAGAGGCGAAAAAGAAAGCAGCUAUAGGAAACGCGGUGCGCGGUCUCUUCCCAUCUAGCCACAGCAGGCAGGACAGGUAUGAGACGAGCAGGCAGCGUUCGCCAGGAGGCACUGGCGGUGUUGGAUUGUCCGGACUUUGUCCGAAGCUGGUGGCCGGUGGAGGAUCCGGAGGUGGCGGAAGUCAGUCCGGUAUUGGUCUUGGUGUGGGCCACCUAGCAAAUCAGGAAGGAGGACCUCUUGGAGUGGUGACCACCCAGAGGACUCAUAGUCAUACGCACAGUCAUCGCCGUCAGCGAAAACUCUCGGUGGUAUCUCAAGCAGGUAGCAGUGCUAACAGCUCGCUAGAUCGCAAGAUUUUGCCUAGUGUCAAUCGUUCCUCGGUGGCUAUUUGCAAGAGGCAGACACGUACGAGUCGCGCGGAGCAUAACGCGGACUCUGUAUCUAUAACCAGUAACGGUACCACGGGUAGUUCACCAUCGCCGAAGAAGAAGACGCCAUCCGCACUGCAUAUCUUGGAGAAAACGUCCUCCCAGGGUCUCCAUCUUACCUCACUAGAACAGGAGAAUGAUAGAAGCUUCAGCGACGCUGAGGAAGCUAUCAGUGCCACGGAGAAUCUCUCCAGGAUACCAGGUACGAGUUCAACGCCUUCCACGCCCACCGGUAAAGUGAAACCUAGGAAAAUAAGUAAAGAGGAAAAGACUGCGGAUCUAAAAAUGCUGUCAGAAGCAAGCGAUUCGAGCAAGCUUGAAAAAUUCCCUGAGGAACAAGAUAAGAAGUCUCAGGAGUCUUCCGAGUCUAAGAUCGUGAGUGGACGUAAGGGAUCGCCCGCAGAGGAAAAAAGUGCUAAGAGAAAGACCGAAGGAAGUACGGAUAAGACGGUUACUAGGAAAGAAUCGAAGGAUUCCGAUGCGGAUAAAAAGGAUACGUCGCCACUGUCGAAGCAGACCACAGCGGAGUCGACGGACACUAAGAAGAUGGAGCCCGUCGAAUCUAGGCACGGAAAAGUCAAGAACUCUAGAUUUGUCACAUCAAAAGUCUCUGAGGAUGCUGUAGACACCACGGAUGUUAAAGAUGCCGAGGAAGGAGAGCCUAAGGAUACCGGGGAGCAAGUCACCAUCUAUGACGAGGACGACAACGGGACCAGUAUCAGUGACAUUGUUGCAACACAGGCUCUACACGAAUCACUGAGCAAGAUGGGCAAAGUACCGCCAUUAGAUAGCGAGAUCAAGGCUGCUGAAGGAGAGUUAAAGUCGGAGUCGAAUGAUGCCAAAAAAAUGGUGGAUGGUCAGGAAGUUGUCCAGGAUGCAGGACAGGAAGCUGGUCAGGAAGCUGGUCAGGAAGACGUCGUGGAAGGUUUUAUAGGACCUCUUUUAGAUGAGAACUUUAAAGCCGAUGAAAAGCUUACCCAGAAUACAAUGGCUAUGGAAGAGGUGCGGAAUCUCCUAAUGAAAGUAAAGGUACAGGCGGUUGAGGAAGAUGACGACGAAGAGAAGGCUAUCGGAAUCUCAACCGAUGGGCGGUUUUUAAAAUUCGAAGAAGAGAUCGGUCGAGGUAGCUUCAAAACUGUCUACAGAGGUCUCGAUACUCAGACUGGUGUCGCGGUUGCCUGGUGCGAACUGCAGGAAAAGAAACUUAACAAAACCGAGAGAUUGCGUUUCCGUGAGGAGGCAGAGAUGCUUAAGGGGCUUCAGCAUCCGAACAUCGUACGCUUUUACGAUUACUGGGAGGUGACGUUAACCAAAAGAAAAUAUAUAGUUUUGGUGACGGAAUUGAUGACAUCGGGAACUUUGAAGACUUACUUGAGGAGAUUCAAGAAGAUAAAUCCCAAAGUUGUCAAGUCCUGGUGCAGACAAAUCCUCAAAGGCCUGAGUUUCUUACAUUCAAGAGCACCGCCAAUCAUCCAUCGUGAUCUUAAAUGCGACAAUAUAUUUAUCACCGGCACUACUGGUAGUGUUAAGAUUGGCGAUUUGGGUUUAGCCACCUUGAAGAAUCGUAGCUUUGCCAAGAGUGUAAUCGGCACCCCGGAGUUUAUGGCUCCCGAGAUGUACGAGGAACAUUAUGACGAGUCUGUAGACGUUUACGCCUUCGGGAUGUGUAUGUUAGAGAUGGCAACUAGUGAAUAUCCUUAUUCAGAGUGUACCGGACCAGCUCAAAUCUACAAGCGUGUGGUGUCGGGUGUGAAACCGCAAAGCUACGACAAAGUGGAAAAUCCAGAGGUUCGUGACAUUAUCGAGAUGUGUAUUCGACUGAAAAAGGAAGAACGUCCACUGGUGAAGGACCUUCUGAAUCACGAAUUCUUCGCAGACGACGUAGGACUCAAGCUGGAAAUGGUGUCGCGUGAUUCCGCAGUAGCAGAAGCUGAACUUUCUCGCGUGGAGUUUCGCCUUCGUGUUUUGGAUCCUAAGAAACGCAGCAACAAACACAAGGAGAACGAGGCCAUCCAGUUUGACUUUGAUAUCCAAGGUGACAAUGCUGAGGAGGUUGCCUCAGAAAUGGCGAAGUCGAGUCUUAUCCUAGAGGAAGAUGCUAAAGCCGUGGCGAAGAUGCUCAAGUCCCAAAUAGCAGGUCUACUGCGCGAGCGCGAGGAAAGAAAAGCCAAGGAGGAAAAGGAGAGGCUGGAUCGUGAAGCUGAAACUAUUACGACGGAUAAUCUUCUUCAGCAGCAGCAACAACAGCAGCAGCAGCUACAACAACAACAACAACUGUUGCUGCAGCAGAUGCAAAUUCAGCAGCAACAAAUACAGUCCAUGCAGAUGCAAAAUCAGGUGCAAAUGCAAUCCACAAUGCCAAUGGGCCAGAUGCAAUCUGGGCAAAAUCUUCAGCCACAGCAGGUGCAGCUCGUACAGCAGCAACCAUUGAUUCAGCAGCAGACAUCUGUGGUGCAACCACAGCAGGCUCAACAGCUGCAACAGAUAGCCACUGGCCAGCAACAAGUGCAAUAUCAACAGCAGCAGUACCAGCAACAGCUGCAGCAUGUGCAGCAGCAACAAUAUCAGCAGCAACAGUACGCGCAACAAGUGUCGCAAAGUCUCAGUGGUGGUUCUUCGCAAUGUUCGACGCCUCAGACAAUUCAAGGCCAGCCACAGUUUCCGCAGGUGAAUCAGCAGAUACAGCAACAACAACAUAUGCAACAGCAGCAACAGCAGAUUCAUCAGCAGCAGCAGCAGCAGUAUAUUCAACUGAAUCAAAUGAACGUGCCUCAGCAAAUGGCGCAUCAGCCGCAGAUACAGCAGCAGAUGCAGUCCCAGCAACAACAGCAACAGCUUCAAUCACAGAUUCAAAUUGCUCCUCAACAACAACAGCAGCAGCAACAAGCACAGCCACAUAUUCAUCAGCAGAUGCCUCCGAAUCAGCAACAAAUUCAGUAUUCACAGCCGCAACUGCAGAUGCAACACAUACAGCAGAUUCAUCAGCAUCCUGUGGGCUCGCCACCCGUCCAGAAUCAGCAAUAUUAUCAGCAAAGCGCAGCUACAACAGCCGUCCCUUAUUCGGGUGGUCAGAUAUAUCAGCAGAAUAUUCCACAGCAAAUGUUUCAUCCAGCUUACUCGGCGUCCUCAACGGGAACUGGUCAUGUAGAAAUUCUACCUGGUGCUCAGACCACCCAGCAAGUUUAUUCUCAUUCAAAUCAUCCUGGUGGCAGUGCUGUGGCUACUUCCCAGGGUUACGUCCAAUCCGUAGGUCAGGUUCAGGCCUCCGGAGCACCCGCAGUCAACGUUCAAAGUUCCUCGACGGUUGCCCAUGUGCAAAAUGUACAGCAGCAACAGUCACCCGUUCCAAAUAUACAAAGCGCACCUGCGCUACUCUCGGGACAACAGCAAUCGCAACAGCAACAACAACAACAACAACAACAACAAAACAUUAUGGUGCAACUGCAGUACUCUCAAAGUGCUAACGUUAUGUCAAACACAGUACCAAUUACUCAAAACGUACCCAUAGCGUCUCACUCCUCUGGAAAUAUUCAGCAACAGGCAAAUAUGCAACAGACUGGAAACAUUCAGCAACAGCAGAUGCAACAACAUAUUCUGGCUGGCACGGAUUCCGUUCAAGAUAAGAGCAAUCUUGUCAAACAAGAUACCAUGGAUUCUGUUCAAUCUCUACCUGCCGAUAAUUCUGCUCAGCCCCAGGACGCGUCUACCACUGGGUUUGCUCCAGUGCAAAAUACUAGUUCCAACGAAGGGAUCACGCCAGACAAUUCUGAGAGCAUCCCAGUGCCAGAGCGGAACCGCGUGAAGCGCUCCGGUACAAAGAGAAAAAAACCUGGAAUAAAGUUGACUGUCUUAUCAGUAAGCAGUGGCGAAGGUCAGUCAAUGACCGUAGAAUGUCAGUUAGACACCAGCAAGCAGAAGACCGUAACAUUCAAAUUCGACAGGGACGACAUGGUACCCGUGGACAUCGCAAACAACCUGGUCGCUGAGAACUUGUUACCCCAGUCCCAGUGCGACACCUUCAUUGAGCUCAUUGAAGACAUCGUGAAGCAAUUACGACUCGAUCCCACCAGAAGUUUACCUCUCGUAGCUCACGGUCCACCUGAUCAAUCAGCAGGUGGCAGUCCGGUUACCAGUCGUAGGCCUAGGGAUCGUGAUCAUAGUCUCGACACCUCCAAGCAGGUGAGACAUGGCUCGCUAACUCGUCAAAGCAGCCACCGAUCAUCGUACAAAGCCCACCGUAGGCACCGUUCGAGAGAUGAGACAUCGAACACCUCUACGCCUACGAAGUUACUUCCCAUCGAUCAGAUAUUGUCGCAUAUCACUACGGCGCCUUUGGAUAAGCAGCAUAGUGUACAGACACCGGAUAGUCAGACUGGACCCGACAGCAUCUCUUCGGAAGCAUCUAGAAGAUCUUCUACGUCGACCCAGAAUACGGAUACUUUGACUCCUACUAACAUACCGAACGAUCUUACGGAUACUCAGGAGAGCACGAUAUCGGGGACGUCGACGGAGACCAUCCUUGAGCCGUAUUACCCGAAUGCUGAGGAUGUGCUUACAUUGCAAUUCCAGGAGAAGGCUAAGCAGCCUAGUCAGACUGCAUCCCAGAAUAAACAACAGGAACCUAUUGGUGAUACAUCGAAAACGGACGUAGUUAAGGCCAGUACAUUGCAAGAGAAGCAGGAUGCCCCUGACGAAGAUGCGAGUAAAGGAGCUGUCCCGGAUGUACCAUCUUCGGAGGUUCCUAAAUUGACGGCGCCGCCAGCCAGAAAGAUCUCUAGAUUUCUAGUCAGUCCCGUAGUGGAACAAAAGCCAGUUUCUGAAUUGGAGCCUAAGGAAAAUCAGUCAGCAACGUCGCACGUACAACCACUUCAUGGUAACGAUAUUCCCAAAGUAACUGAAGUUGAAACGAAGGUGCCGGAUGUUUCUACCUCAAAUUACGAAAUUCCUGUGGAUGCUCUUGAGAUACCACCAGGAGAUGUUACCCAGCAGGUGCAGCAGUUUCAUUCUCAGCAACAGAAUGUGCAGAAUGUACAGCAGAUGCAGAAUGUUCAGCACAUUCCACACACUGUCAGUUCCGUGCAACAGAACUCUUGUCCUGUGCAGAUGCAGCAUCAACUUAUUCAUCAGGGUACCGCAGCAGUUCAUCAAGGGCAGAUGCAACAGAACGUGGUGAUGCAACAAAAUUUAAUACAGCAACAGGAUAUACAAACUGCUCAGCACAUGCCGGGCAUUCCUAUUGGCCAAACCCAGUAUCAAGAGCAACCUAUAAUCCAGCAACACGUUCAACUGCAAUCAACACAAGUACCCAUGCAGCAGCAGCAGCAGCAGCAGCAAGUACAGCAACAGGUACUUAUACAACAGCCACAAACUCAGCAACAACUACCGGUACAACAGCAGAUGCAACAGCAACAUACUAUUCAACAACCCUUUGUGCAGCAACAACAACAAUACGUCGUGCUAUCCGGUCACGUUCAACAAUUACAACCGCAGCCAAAUAUCGAUGAAAGAAAUCGUCGUGUCUCUAAUAUAUCCACUGUGUCAAAUGUAUCAGCAGAUUCUCAGUUGUCAGAAUCAUCGAAUAUAGCAGACGACCGAAGAAUGUCAAGUGCUGUUACGAAUGCAGCCAUGCAACAACACGUGCAAAACCUGCAGAACUUACAAAACGUGCAACAGAUGGGCCAAGAUACAGCUACGGUGUUCUCACAAGGACCAAUGGAAACUGCGCAAGUUAAUGUUAUCCAUCACAAUGUUGUCCAUCCGACACAAACUGGUGUUUCGCUCUCUGUGCCUACACCGACACCUGUACCUGUACCAAUACCAGUACCAGUACCUCUAAUAAGUAACGUGGAUGUUACACCAAAGGUUCCCGUGAAGACCAAAGAGGUCUCCUCGACCUUACCAGAUCUUGCUCAAAACCUCGCGAACAUUCUUUCAAAUCCAAAAACCAAAUCAGUAACUCCGCAUUCUGUAACGAGUCACGAGCCGAGUUCAAACUUGAACCAAACUCCAAGUGUGGUUGAACAUAAAUCUGUGGUUCACGCUGAGCAAUUCUUUCCACCGGUAACAAAUGUGGAACAAUAUUUCCAACCGAUACAACCGGAAUUGCCACUGGUGCAGAUUCAACAACCCCACAUGCAGCAGAGCUUCCAGAUGCAGCAGCCUAUGAACCAGGGCAUACAGGUGCAACAAGGUUUUCCUGCACAGAUACAUCAGCACCAGUUUCAACAACCUCAACCGACUAUGCAGCAACCACCUGGCAUACUGAUGCAACAAGUCCAACAGAUUGAGACUCCCCAGCAGAUUGUGCAACAACCUAUUGGACUCCCGCCACAAGUUCCCAUUCAAGGUCAAUGGAACGUCGCGCAGUAUCCAGCUGGCUCUAUGGGACAAAAUGUACAACAAUCACUUCCAGUACAACACGUGCAACCUGUGCACAGUCAGCCACAAAUACAGCACGUGGCGCCUAUGCAACAUCAGCAACAACCUGAACAUAUUGAUGUUCCUAUAGAUUCACAUCAUCUGCAGCCGAAACCUCCUGAACAACAGCAACAGCAACAACAUUUAACAGCCACCGACGUAGAUGGCAAUUUUGAGUACAGCAAUGGCAGCAGACGAACAAGUGCCGAUUGCCAAUUUCUGUCGUCGGAAAACGAGAAUUCGAGCCAUGAUGUCACUCCAGAACAUACAAUUGUUGAGUCUGUGGAUCCAGUGUUGUUUGCCCAACAACAAAUUUCCCAACAACAACUACAGCAACAGCAUCGCAAGCUUAGUCAGCAAAAUUCAUUGGACAAGAUCACCGACAGCAAUGCUAACGCGCAAGGACCACAGACUAUUGCUGAUUUACAACAGAAACUGGUUCAACUGACCAGUCAGCCAUCGGAAUCAUUGACUGUGGGUACACCGCCAAUGAGUCAUCCUGCUACUCCUCAUAGUCAUCAAGCUGCUGGAAGUUAUGACGUUUAUAUGCAUUCACUGCAGCAAAAGCUGGUGAACAUCGGAAUGCCUGUAGUGGCUUCUCAGACCAUGGGUCCAUUGUCUCCUCAAACAACAAUGCACUCCUCGUCAUCAGGACUUCCUGAACCUAGCGUUAGUACCGUUACUGAAGGAGUCGUGCUGGGUCAAGAACAGCAACCCUCGCAAUGUUCAACAAGUCAACCGGGCACUGAGUACGCUAUUGACAGUCCCAUACCUGGAGCGGGACCAAGCGGAUUUGAUAUGAUGAGUCCUAGCAAGGAGAGUGUAAAGAUGCGACCGCAACGACCAGGAUCUCGUCUGCAAGAAUUGGAACAAGAACUCGCAAAGAUUCAUCAGAGAGGCCCGAUCCUCUCAUCGUCUUCCCCACAACCCCUUACUCCAGUUCCGACAGUUCAGCCACUGCAACCCCAGGUUCAAGUUUCUUCUCAGAAUUUAUUGGCUACUGUACACCCAGUUUCGACCGUUCCUAUUGCCACUAUUUCACCAAGUAUCAUAACUUCCACUUCCGGUACCAAUACUCCCGUUCAGUUCGAAACUCAGGAUAACGUUGAGAGAGUUGUUCCGGAACAACUUGUUAGAAAAAUUUCACGAUUUAUGGUAUCGAAAGUUGCCGGUCCUCCAACUACCGAGACACCGGGACCAACUCAUUUAGAUUCUAAGGCUCAGCAGUCGUCUUGUUUGGUACAGGAAGAUCAGAAAAAUAUCCAAGGGACUGCUGCGCCAAUGCAGGUAAUUCACAGCCGGGAAAGUUCCGUACCACCGCAGGCAGGUUCAAACAUUUCAGCCGGUGGAAGUUGUGCAGAGAAUGUCUCCUAUAUCUGGACAACUGGUUGCCAGGAGAGCCUCACUUCCUCAUCCCAGUCAUCGUAUACACACUCAAUAAAAACCAUGCCGUCCUCGGCUCAUCAACAUCAACAGCAGCAUCUACACACGCAUCAUCCUCAACAUCGCAAGAACUUCUCCACUCAGACGUUAGAUCGUCAAAUCCAGAAUAUCUUCCUCUUGAAACCACCUCCUGGAUCGAAGCAGCACGCCAUACCUAGAGACAACCUUCUACGGGCAAGACGUGAGGGAGUAGGCCAGGAAGUGGUGGAGCGGUCCCAGGAGGAUUCUAGUAAUCAGGUAGCAACCAGGAGAGUCAACGAGAAUCAGGAUGGAAAUGCUUGGCAGCAUGUGGCUGGAAUAGCACGAGCCAAGAUGCACGAAUCCAGAAUACCUUUUGAAAGUCCUUCAGGACAUCUCUGCGCUUCUUCGAUGCCAGUUGCUAGUUCUUCCAAUACGUCACCAAAUCCUUUGAUGAGGUACUCUAAGGGUCAGGAUGGAUCUAACAUUUUGAAUGGAGCUUUACAAACUGCUUCGCAAGAUCAAGGGAAUGGGUUAUUAAGGGAUCAGAUUCUUGAUGGACAAUCUCUACUUGUACCCGGUGCUGUUGCUACUAAUGCCUUCUUUGGGAAUGUACCUGGUACGAUGAACUCUACGAACGUUCAGCAGUGUCCAGGACUUGUCAGUCCUGGUGUUCAGGCAGCUGUUAAUGCCCCUGGGCCCAACUAUAAUACUACUGGCAAUGUUAAUCAGCGGUCGAGACGUCGUCUAGGAACAUAUACGCUGCCUGUUUUUCAAUUUGACAGUUAUCCUCUUUUGGGAACUAAUCAGAAAUCUGAAUUGAUUGCUGAUUCAACUUCAAGUGCUCAAAAAGACAGAGACCCUGCAUUUUUUAAUAUCCAAAUUGGAUUGACUACGUCUAAAAAGAUUGACAGUCCGUCAAUAGUACUGAACGAGGGUUUCGAUGAUCAGGCACGAAGAUCCUCUGCAUUUUCUACUAUAAAAAGUGACGCGAGCCAUCCUAAAAACCCACCGUGUUAUCCUGGUUCAAGUACGGGAGACUUGGAUGAGAAGAAAGAUGAUAAACAAUUAUUUACGUUUGGAUCCUUCAAUUGGGCUGACAUACAAGUUCCAAAAUUAUUCGAAUUCAAUUCUAAAACUUUUUCGAAAACAUUACCAAGUUCUUCUUUGCAAAACAGAAGACUUGCCAGUUCAACAAUAGAUAUCAGAUGUUCCUCGCCAGUAAAUCGAGACAAGAAACACUCAUUCAACUUGCAAUGGCCACUUCUGUCGGAUUCCAAAGAAAAAUCAAAAUCCCAGUGGGACCUUAGAACGUGGGACUUUUCAACAUUGAAAAAAGAAUCUGGUGAACAUGAGAAAAAAUUUAAUUUCAGUUCAUCCAGGAAAAUAUCUAGUUCCAUGCAAGAUCUACGAGGCUUUACUAGCACCGCAAAGCAAUCUGAUAUUUUUUCCUCCACCACAGAACUUUCAAAGUACCUCAGUAACUCCUUGAACAAUCACACGAGGCUAGGCUCACGAAAUUUCAUCGAUCCCGAUUAUGGAAAACUACGUAGACAUCAUCCUUUGGUAAGAUCCAUGACUGAUUUGAGAGAUAGAGGAAAAAAUACAAAACAUUCAAGCCAUAAAAAUUACAACCAAUGGAUGUCCUUGAAUAAUAUGGAUACGUCAAAAAAAGAUAAUGUAAAGGUGCGUCCAGUAUCCACCAGUCAGAGAUCAAGAGUCGGCCCUAUAAGGGCACUAAGAAAAAUCAACAGAGACGUAAAUCCUGGUGAAAUAGUCAAUUUUGCUGAAAGCUUACCUAAACGUAGGAAACAUUCUAUGAGUCAUGUACCAGACUAUUUCCGAUAUAGAGAACGUCCAAUAAAGAGAAGCAACAGCUAUAAGCUACGAGAGGAUGAGCACUAUUUGACUGUUCUUCAGACACUACGUGAGAUAUAUGAUCACGAUGUCCAGGAUGAUUUUCAGGAUCAGUUAGAACUGGACCUACAUUGUCAGAGUCCCGGCUGUAAAAACAGAUUCACGGGAUUUUCAAGUUUGGUACCAAUGGAUAACGGAAGCAGAGGAAAAACAAGUAAUUCAGGAAGUCGAAGUCGUCCAACCUGGAUAGGUUUCUCUCCAGAGCCAAGACAUCUGCUCAAGAUAAAGCUAAAGCAAGCUCGUAGUCUAACCAAUCUAGUACCUGGCCACGGUCCCGUCAAGGUCUGCGAGAACCGCGUCAACAGUCCCAUCACUGACCUGAGCACUGACCCGUUUACCAGAAGAUCAGACACCGGAAGGGCCUAUCACACUGUGCACGCCGGCAUGAAGAUGCAGGACUUUAGCAGCUGGAGGAGAUCCAAGAAACCCAGUGAAUCCGACACUACCGGUACGGAUACAGACGCGGAGAGUAGCAACAGCGACAAGAGAAGCGUCAUUGAGGAUAAAUAUCUGGAACAGGAGGAUUUUUAUUACUGGCCAGGAUACAAAGACAGGACACGACUGUACAAAGGACUGGAAUCAAUGAAGUAUCAGGAUGAGUACAAGGAUAUACUUGAGGAACCUCCUUCGAAAAGUAUUACCAGCCACAACCUUCCCAAAUUCUUAUCCAGGCUGAAGGCGGACGAGUCCUUGCGACAGGGUUUGGCGUCAAUGCCAUAUCCUAACAGUCCUAUCAAUAACGAGCAGUCUUCUCAGCCGCUUCUGAACAACCCGCUGCAUAGGUCUGAUAAGGAAGAGAAACUCCAAGUAUUGACGCCAAGCGAGGAAUAUCAGUUGUUAAUAAAGAGGCAAACGAUGGAGCUGGAGUCCCUUCAAAGAAGACAUAGGGAAGAGCUGGAACGUUUUCAGCAACAUCAGCUGCAGUUGUUGAUUCAGCAACAACAGCAAGCCAGUGCGCUUCAUCAGCAUCAACAUCAUCCUCUGCUUUAUCAUACAGUGGCUGCCAAUGUGGCCGGACAACCAAGAGUACCAGGUAUGGAGGAGUAUCUGAUGUUUAGUACAGCACCCCAAACACCGAUGCAAAAGGUGCCUAGCCAGUCUCCGGAUACAGACGAAACUCUUCGCCUGGCGACACAAAAAUUAAAGCAAGCACCGCAACAACAGCAGACAGGAAUACCGCACGCAUACGUGAUACCCAUUCCCGUGGUGCCCCCGGAGAACGUGCAGCACGUUCCUCCGUAUCCUAGUGAUUCGGUAGAACCUGUGGGUUCAACGAACGGUCCUACAAUUCUUAACCCCACACAGUACCAGUUCGCCCCGAUAAUACCGGACGGUACUAACAUAGGUACCUCUGGUGCUCCAGCAACCGCUAGCCUUGCAGCACCGACACCAAUCUCUAACCCCACUGCGAACGGCGCCUAUCUUCACUAUCAUCAGGCUCCCACCCUUGCCAAUUUCCAGACCUUCGGAUACACGCCCCACGGCGGCUUUUUUUUACCCGCUGGAUAUAGACUCAUCUACGCACCCACGAGUACGCCUCAAAGUCAACCAGCGACUCCGGCCACGCCACACCUGGGUAAUUCUCACGACGGCACUCCGCCCGGCGAACCUCAAGCGCCCCAGGAACAUCCUUCUACCUCGCAGAACGAGCAGUAAAAUACACUUCUCGGAUAAGCUCGUCUACGAGUAUCUUCUGUAAUUAUCCUGAAUGAAAGGGAAUCACGUAGGUAUAUCAUCCGUCAUCAAUCAUCAUCAGCAUCAUUAUUGUCGUUGUCGUCGUCGUCGUCGUCGUCGUCGUCGACCUGGAUGCGUCUCGAGAGUCCUUUCGAAUUAGUCACUGUUUAUAUGCUUUAAUUGUAAUGUCUUAUUAGCGGUUCUAUCGCACGCGUGCGCAAGUUUGCCUUUUAUUAUUGUUGUACGGCAAUGGCCAGAUCCUCUUCGACGGCUGACCUCUAUUCACCUGCGAUCGGGCCUCGAUGAUAACGGGUUCAUAUUGUUAUUAUUAUUGCUACUCUUUUUUUUUUAAUUUUUAAACUUCUGGUUGGAUGUUCCUCGGUGCAGAGUCGUCGGAUUCUCCCUGGCUGAUUAUACACACCCACACACAUAUAUAUUCAUUUCCAUUAGACAGAUUUAUUAGUUUCUUUAUUUCAUUCGUGAGUUUCUUUUCACUAUUCUAUUUUUUUCGAAAUGGCGAAUAGACCCGCUGCUCUGUUGGUACGACCACUAAAUGGAAAGUGGUAAAACGUCAUUUUGUUUUUACUAUAUUAUGAUUAUUAUCUCGUUAGUGAAUUUAUUACCUCUUACUACACUUAUUGUCGGUACUAGUAUUAUUAGUACUACUACUUCUACUGCUACUGCUACUGCUACUGCUACUGCUACUGCUACUGCUACUGCUACUACUACUAUUACCGUUACUAUUACUAUUACUGUGAACAACACUAUUUACUAUCCAGUACUAUAUUACGUACUAUCCGCUACUGUGCAAGACUAGACUAUACUAUACUAUCUACUAUAUACUGUACUAUUGCAGAUAUAAAUACUUCGGUUAGCGCGUUCCUCCCUAUACUUUGUAAGAUUCUUCUUUUCUAACUUUUACAUUACACACGUUACAAACAUUAGAAUUUUUCAAUGUUCUUACUGUACGGAAAACAGCAGUUUGAUUGACAAGAUACGGGAUUCAUGAUGAUAGUGUAGGAAGCAGUGCAUGCUGCUUGGAAUGUCAAAAUUGAGUAUAAUGCAAGUAGCGAUUAAGGAGAUUUCGUGAACGACGUCGUACUCUGCACGGAGAAUAAAAAUGAUAUAUGUAUAUUUUUUAAAUUUUCUCUCUCUCUCUUUCUUCCCCCUUCCCCCAUAUAUGUAUAUACAUAUAUAUUCUCACUUAGAAUUUUCUUUUAUAUUCUUACUGGUACAAUUCUUUGUCCUUAACUUCUUUUAUCUUAUAAUAUACAUAUUACGAUGUGUGUGUGUGCGCGUGAGAGGGGGGUGGGAUGCGAAAGAGGUAAAGAGAGAGAUAGCAAAAGUUUGUAUAAAAGCGAGAUUAGCGAGGAAGAGAGAAGGAAAUGUGAGAGAUCUAGAUCCGUUUACGGACUAUUUCAAUUAUAAUACAAUUCGGCGUAGCUAAGGAUAUUCGUUAUAAUUAGAUAAAAAUGAUUAAUUAACAAUUAUUAGUCAGCCAGAUGAUCAGCUUGCGGCUUGUUUCGUCUCGAUUACGGCGGAUCGUUUAUUUAAUUAUCCCCUCUGCACCCUUUCGCCCAGCCUCGCGACUAUAUGUAUACUGUCACAGGAAGAAGGGUUUCUCGAAGACGAGAGCAAGUUAUUUUGCAAUAGCAAAGGAUUAUUCGCGAGGCUUUUUUAAAUACUUGUUUGUUUCGAGUCUCUCUGCUAUUUGUACUCAGCGUCUUCGUUGUCUUUAUUGUAUUCGUUGUAUCCUAAUGCGACGUAUACAAAAAAAAAAUUGUAUACUAUAGCCAAAGAGCUUUACGCUACUCUCAUUUUCUUGUCUCACCCUGGACAGUGUCCACGACCCUGCUCCUGAACGUUGCGCGACGAACCGCCUGCGAGACGCUGUAUUUGUACAGAUUGUAAACGUGAUUUUAGAUUAUCCUAGGGUAUGAUACGAUACCGACGAAUAAGAUUUAAAUUAGCGUGGAUAUCGUUAGGAAGUUCCCGGCGACGCCAUUAUGGCGUACGAACAGGAGUCUUCACGACCAGAGUCGAACCUGGUGCCGAACGAUAAAAAGAUAAUGAUCGAUCGAGGGGAUAAUAUAUGUAUGAACGGCCGUAGGUUUCAAUGGGCUUUGGGACAAUUAACCAAGACUGAUUAGGUAAAAAGAAUGGGGAUGACGAUAAAGAGGAAAUGGAAUAAUUAGAUAUGAUUGGAAAGAGUAAUAAAAUGGAGAAAAAGAAGAUACACGAUGUUAAGAAUUGUUUAAUUAAGAGAUAAUAAAAGAGAUAAAGAGUGAGAGAGGGACGGGUUAGAAGAAAAUGUUUGUUUGUCUGUCUGUUGUGAAAGCUGAGGUUGUUUGAGGUAGAAUGUUAAGGGAGAUACAAAACGUCGAGGAAUCAUGACCAACCUGGGGAACAUCGUCAGGGACUCAUUUCGCUUACCUAAAGAAAUAUACAACUCUUGAAAUUAUUUUAAAAGUAUCAACAUCACAGCACUUAGAGGAUGUUCCUAACGUUGUCGUUAUCCGGCCACGACUUCCACGAUACUUAGAAUUUGCAGUGCGUAAGCCAUAUAGAAGUCGGACGUUCUACUUGCUUUGGAUGAGAAACUCCUCUGUCCAGAGUGCAGGUUAACGUUUAUAAAUGUGAAUCCUCGCAAACUCUUAUAGCCGAGGAGGCUGUCAGUUAUCGUUAUGAGAAUCCUCAAAAGCCGAGAUGCUUCCUCCUGCGUUCUUGUAGAAGUGUUUUCACGGUUCUUGUUGUUAGGAUGGCUGAUGCGAGAGCUUUGUGAGAACCGGUACCGUCGGCCAGUUAGUCAAAAAGAACCAAAUAAAAGAAAAAACGUGCUCGGAUUUUGUCUCUCCGAGGAUUAAGGAUGAUAGAAAUAUGAAUUGUCUGGAGCUUGGAGUGCUGGCUACCUAGUACAUAUAUAUAUAUAUAUGUGUGUAUAUGUAUAUAUAUAUAUGUAUAUACAUAAUAAAUAUAUAUACGGUAUACGUAAGAGGUAAUAAUUAAUGACCCAGAAAUACGUGAGUCUGUAUCUGGAGACUAUUCACAAUUGGCGACAUAUCCUCGCUCAUGUAGAAAUUUAUAUACUGUACUGUGGGGAUAUGAAGAAUUAAAUACACAAAGAUAUAUAUACAGGGUGUCCCGAAAAUAAAAAGAUAUGGAGUAAACCAUCAAGUAAAAGAGGAAAAUCUGAAACAAAAAGUCCUGCUCCAUUUCUUUUUACCAAGCUUUCCUCUUAGAGUUAUAAACAAAGCUAGGCAAUCAACGCGCGUGCGUACCCGCUGAAUAUCCAAGAACGCGGCAAAUGGGUGAUAAAGGGAUGCUCAGCAGGUACAGCCGUGCGUUGAUUGGUUAGCUUUAAUUGUUUAUAACUUUAAGAGGAAAGCUCGGUAAAAAAUGCAUCAGGACUUUUUGUUUCAGAUUUUACUCUUCUGCUUGAUGGUGUACUACACAUCUUUGUAUUCUGGAACACCCUGUAUAAGUGUGUAUAGCUGAUUAGAGGGUAUCCCCAGGGUACACUGUUUCAGGUGGAAUUAAACUCGUAACUCAUCCUUAAAUGUAACAUAGCUAUGCUAGGUUCUUUAUUAUGGUUCCUUCUGGAUUUUUGGCCUUAUAUCUUUAUUUUAUCUUUGUAAUACUUCGUUGAUCUCCUUGUCAUUCCUAUAUUUGGUCGUGUUUCUGCUCUUCUUUAUCUUUGAAUUAAUUAUAGUAAUUUGCUUAAGGAAGAUGAGUGCUACCAGCUCCAGUCGUUGUAAACACGUGCUUAGCUCAGGAGCCUUUACAUGUCCUUUCGCGGGUGAUGCAUAUUAUAUAUUAAAACAAGGAAGUGAAAAAGGGAGAAAGUCUGUUUCUUUCCCUCCAACAAUACAUUUCAUAUGUAUAAAACAUAUAUAUAUAUUUUGUGUCUUUUGAUUUUGCCUGAGCAAGCACCUCCUAUAGAUUCUUCUCAUAUGUAACAUCUGCCCCAAGACUCAUAUAGUAAAAAUGAAGGGCAGAGAAAUUGGCAAACAGGUGCCAUGCAUGGAAUGAAUAGGAUGAGAAAAAUUGUAUACUGUGGAUGAUACAAAAUGGAUAGAAUGAUGAGAACAAUGGGUGAACAGAGGAACUUGAGUAACUAUUAUAAUAUUGUAAGACAUAACAGUGCGUUAACCUCUGAGAAGCCUCCCUUUGCACUUGCGUUAAUAUGAAUUAAAUUGUUUUCUCGCUAUGCUACCAGCGAUAAAGAAUGAGAACAACUUAAAGCUUAACGGAAUAAGUUAUACAAAUAAGAAUGUGGAUAAGAAGAUGAAAGGCAGCAAAUCAGAGAAGGAAUCGGGAGAAAAUUAUAUUAGAAUUGAAAAUGAAUGAUAAACUAUGAGAUACAGGCUGUAACAACGAUGGAAGGAGUUCAAUAAAAAUUCAAUGAAA